AUGGCUGGUUCCAUUGCGUCUCACCAUGGUUGGCAGUCAUUCUUCUGGCUAGAGACCGCACUGUCUGGCGUUUCUGUUAUUCUGAUCGCGCUCACCUUCCCCGAAACCAAGUACCAUCGCGGCAACACAACUGUCAUCCGAACCGCAAGUAGCAACGCUAGCAACGAGGACCAGACAAAGCUCGAAAAGCAAGCCACGGAGGCUGGAGUCCAAGACUCUGAGCGGAGCUCACUCGAGCAACCCAUCACUGUGCAGGGACGCCCAUCCCGCGCGCAAUUCAUGCCGUUCAUGAAGCCAGAUGCGAGGUGGAAGACGUUUGUUGUGCGCGACACCUGGACGCCCAUCAAGGUCUUCUUCAACCCCAUCAUCCUGUGGGCAGGCUUGAUGCUUGCCGGCCCGGCUGACAUCCUCCUCUUCUUCAACCUCACUGAAUCACCUGUCUUCGCUGCGCCUCCCUACCUCUUCAAGCCAGACCAGGUUGGAUACACAAACUUCGCGUUCGCGAUUGGCGCAUUGAUCGGGUUGGCAACAGCAGGUCCAUACUCCGACUGGGUAUCUGCGCGCGCAGCGCGUAAAAAUGGUGGCGUGCGCGAAGCGGAGAUGCGCCUUCCGGCGAUGUUCAUUUACGUGAUCAUUAUGAUGCUUUCGAUAAUCCUCGGUGGUGUCGCAUAUCAGCAGCAGUGGGCGUGGGGUCAUAUCGUGGUUUGGGGCUACGGGCUGGCUGGUCUCAGCGUCACCACGGUGCCCACUAUUGCCAUCGCCUACGCGAUCGACUGCUACAAACCCAUCUCUGGGGAGAUCAUGGUCGUCGCUACAGUCUGCAAGAACUUCAUUGGUUUCUCGUACAGUUACUGGGUGUUCGAUCUUGCGCAUGUGAGCAAGAAUGGGUGGAUUACUCCUGCCAUGGUCAUUUUCGCUUGCGCAAUGGGGCCUGCGCUAUUCGUCUUUCCUUUGUACUUCGGGUUGGGCAAGAGGAUCAGGCGAUGGACCAAAGAUAGCGAUGUCCACCGGAUGGAAGAAGUGAUCUAG